UACUAAAAUUAACCCUUCAGAUGAUUGGCUGAAGGACUGACACACACAGCCAUCUAGGGGGUGUGUGUGUGUGUGUGUGUGUGUCACUCAGAGCAGCAGUCAGAGGACCACUGGGCAGCAGGUAACACACAUGACACACAUCUAAACCCAUUUAAAUACAACAGUCAUGAUUUAUUUAACAAAAAGCCAAAACAAGAAGCAGUAGAGUAUAUAACUGAGUUCUGUAUCAUGUGCUCCUGCAUACGUCUGUCAUGAAAACGUCUGUACAGGUGACAGCAAACUGAUGAAAGGACAACAUCAAAGUCCGAUCCCUCAGGAAGUAGCAGGGGUGGACUUUCUCACACUCCGCUCCUCUGUUUGGUUAAAUAAAUAUGACUUCAGAUUAUUUCUUAUUACAUCCUGACAUGUGACCCAGAAUCCUUUAAACAUCGGAACCAGCAUCACACAGACACACAUACCUGCUAAUCCAACAUCCAAUCAGAAUCCUUCUUGUAUGGUCUGUUUGUUCUGUAACCUCACAGCCGCUAUAUUGUUAACAAGUUUUCCUGAAAGUAAAAAUGGGUCUGGGCUCUAAUGAGCUAAUAAUGCAGGCAGGUGAGUUUUAAAAACAUCCUUCCCUCGUACAGACGUUUGUUUGAGAAUCAGCCAUAAGCGUGUUUAUUUUACAACAGAGACUAUGGCGACUGACUCACUGCUGUCCCUGCUGGACGUCAGAGGAACUGCAGCUGCUGGUGUUUUAGAGUUGGAGGCUGAUGUCUGUGUUUCAUUCGUACUUCAAUGGAGAUGGCGCUCUCUCAGAUUACCCCCACCCUGUUUCUCAGUGGGGCCGACGCCCCUCUCAACGCAGGACUGGUGUUGAAGAAAGGCAUCACACUGAUUGUCAAUGCCACACUGAGCCACGCAUGCCCCGCAUACCCAGGGGUGGAGUGUCUGCGGGUCCCUGUCUCCGACCUGCCAAGCGCCCGCCUCGGGGAUUACUUUGACUGGGUGGCUAAGCGUAUCCAUGGUAACUGUGGCGGCGGGACGCUGGUGCACUGUGCCGCCGGGAUGAGCCGCUCUCCAGCACUGGUGAUGGCGUACCUGAUGCGCUACAGGGGCGUGACGCUGCGGCAGGCACACCACUGGGUCCAGGAGAGCCGGCCCUACAUCCGGCUUAACGCCGGCUUUUGGGAGCAGCUGCUGCAGUACGAGAAGAGGCUGUACGGGAGGAACACGGUCAGGGUGGCUCCAGAGCCGCCACCAAGGACGCCGCCUGGGACACCGCGGCUGGCCAGGUCUCAGCAGGAGAGGGGCCUGUUAACACUGGUGCCCAGGUCACCGCUGAUGUCACGUGCUCAGGUGACAUCAUCAGCAAACAGAUCCAGGAGGGGAUCCAAAACCAUCAAAGUCUGAAACUCAAACACCUGGAUCCUCAGAGGGAUCCCUGAACA